AUGGCAAAGGAGCAGGACAUGCUGUCCACUGAAAUAGUUAAACGGGGCAUCGAGGAUUCCGGUCCUUAUGCCGGAUCUUUGAGUUUCUCGGUGAGGGUGCGGCGUGGAUUGCCGGAUUUUCUUAACACAGUUAACUUGAAAUAUGUGAAGCUGGGAUACGCAUAUCUCCUUAGUCAUGGCAUGUAUUUCCUUACUGCACCACUAGUUAUAUUCAUCUUCAGCAUUGUCUUGAGAGAACUCACAUUGGAAGAUUUCUGUCCCAAAUGUGAUCCUAUGGAUGCAUUUUUCUUGUGUGGAAUGCUGGGUUUGAUUCUUUAUAUUUAUAUUGUUUCAACUCCAAGGUCUACUUAUUUAGUUGAUUUUGCCUGUUUUCGUCCGCCAAAUGACCUCAAGAUUUCCAGGGAGGAAUUUAUUGAAUUGGCAAGGAAAUCUGGCAACUUCGACGAUGCUGCAAUCGAAUUUCAGCAGCGAGCUCUCAAGAAUUCUGGGAUUGGAGACGGGUCUUACAUUCCUAGGGUAGUUUUCCAACCUGGUCGGAGAAUUACACUCGAGGACGGGCGAGAAGAGGCAGCAAUGGUGAUAUUUGGAGCAGUCGAUGACCUCCUAACCACCACGAAAAUACAGACUAAGGACAUUAGAAUUCUAGUUGUCAAUUGUGGGAUCCUAAAUCCUACCCCAUCGCUCUCAGCAAUGGUGAUAAACCAUUAUAAGCUUAGGCAUAAUAUAAAUAGUUUCAACCUUGGAGGGAUGGGUUGUGCUGCUGGAGUUAUAGCUAUUGAUCUAGCUAAAGACCUUUUGAAAGCUUAUCCUGGAUCAUAUGCACUAGUAGUGAGCACAGAAGUGGUAAGUUAUACAUGGUACGCCGGCAACGAUCCAGAUAUGCUCCUUGCCAACUCCUUCUUCAGAAUGGGGGCUGCAGCCAUGCUUCUGUCUAGUUUUCGUCUUGACCGGUGGCGCUCCAAGUAUGAACUAAAGCAGCUGGUUCGAACCCACAAAGGCAUGGAUAGCAGAAGCUUCAAAAGCAUACAUCUGAAGGAAGACAAACAAGGAAAGCAAGGUCUCUCAGUAAGCAAAGAUGUAAUUGAAGUGGCAGGCCAUGCUCUUAAGGCCAACAUCACCACCGUAGGUCCUCUAGUUCUCCCUAUAUCAGAACAAGUCCAUUUCUUCACCAACUUGCUCUUCAAGAAAAAAUGCUCCAAGCCUUACAUUCCUGACUAUAAGCUUGCUUUUGAGCAUGUAUGCUUAUUGGCAACUAGCAAAAUGGUCCUCAACGAAUUGCAGAAGAACUUGGAGCUCACCGAUGAGUAUAUGGAGGCAUCAAGAAAAACUUUGGAGCGAUUUGGGAACACUUCCAGCAGUAGCGUAUGGUACGAACUGGCUUACUUGGAGGCAAAUGCAAGGAUCAAGAGAGGCGAUAGAAUUUGGCAACUUGCUUUUGGUUCCGGCUUCAAGUGCAACAGUGUUGUUUGGAAGGCUCUUAGGAGUGUUGGGAAACCUGAGAGAAGCCCAUGGAUGCAGGAAUCUGUCUAG